UUGUUGGUCUGUCGCACGGGUCCGUUUCAACACUGUAUUCCUCGUGUGCUUUUUUAAUUUCGUGUCGGCAAGCAUCCAAAAUUAUCACGAUGAAGUUUGCAACGGCUGUCACGAUCUUAUCUUUGGCUACGGCUUCAGCCUUUGUCCCUACUACAAUCUCCACUAGUAGGGCGACUUGUCUGUACUCGGGUGUUCCGGGAGGAUGGACUCCGGGCAGUGGCGGUGGAGGUGGCUGGGACGACAACAGUAGUAGCGGCGGCGGUACCGGCUGGGGUGCUCCAGCCGCCCCCGCUCCGGCACCGGCGGCUCCUUCCGGUUGGGGAGCUCCGCCGGCACCGGCUCCUGCACCGGCCAACGGCGGCUGGGGCGCUCCCAUGGGAGGCGCCGCACCGGCCGACAAUGGCUGGGGCGGAGGUGGAAUGGGUGCGGCGGCGCCGGCCGUGGCGCCUCCGGCACCGGCUCCCGCCAGUAACGAAGGUAACGCCAAUCCCUUCGGUACCAAGUCGCUGGAUUGGGGUGGCAACGAUAACGAUCCUAGCUCAAAAACGGUGCGUCUGCGUGAUCGUCUCAAUGAAGUGGAUACGGAGCGCCGUAAGAACGAAGAGGAAGCCGCUAAUCGUGAACGCGCGGCCGAAAUUCGGAAGGAAGAACGUCAGAAGAAGAUUGACUACAUGAACAACAUGCCCGAUAGUCAACCCGCUGGUACCGUGGAGGAAUUCAUGUUCAAGGAAGGUGUCCAGGAUCAGCUCGACAAGCUGGAUCGCGAACUCGUUGGUCUUGUCCCCGUCAAGAAGCGCGUCAAGGAAAUUGCUUCCCUCCUGGUCCUAGAUAAGAUGCGCCGCAAACUUGGAUUCGAAACCGCCGUACCCUCCCUGCAUAUGUGUUUCACGGGUGCUCCCGGAACCGGAAAGACUACGGUCGCUGUUCGUAUGGGACAGAUCCUGGCCAAGAUGGGUUACUCUCGUAAGGGUCACGUUGUCCUUGCCACGCGUGACGAUCUCGUCGGACAAUAUGUCGGUCACACCGCCCCCAAGACCAAGGAAAUGAUCAAGAAGGCCAUGGGUGGAGUGCUCCUGGUUGAUGAAGCUUACUACCUCUACAAUGCUGCCAACGAUCGUGAUUAUGGUCAGGAGUCCAUCGAAAUUCUUCUCAACGUCAUGGAAAAUCAGCAAGAAGAUUUGGUUGUGGCGCUCGCCGGAUACAAGGACCGCAUGGACAAAUUCUUCUCCUACAUUCCAGGUAUGAUGUCUCGUAUCGGAAACCACAUUGACUUCCCCAACUACAGCGCGGACGAAUUGGUGCAAAUUGCCUCCGUCAUGGCCAGGGAAUUGGAGUACGAUAUUGACGAUAACGCCUACCCAGUCUUCAAGGCUUACAUCGAGAAACGCAUGACCCUGCCUUUCUUCUCCAACGCCCGUACUGUCCGCAAUGCCAUGGAUCGCGCUCGGAUGAAUUCCGCAAUCCGAACGUUCGAACGUUUCGCAAUCAACGGAGAAAAUGGUGGUAUCUGCACGGUAUCGGACUUGAAGAAGAUUCAGGCUGACGACUUCCAAGUGUUGCUUGAUGAUAUCAACAACGCCGAUGUUUCCAAGCGUAUCUUUUCUUAAAUCGUAUAACUGCCGGGUAUUAGCUACAUUGAUUAUGCCGCCUUUUUGUUUCGCGUGACGACUCUAUCAGGUACAUUCGGUUG